AUUUGGUAAACAAAGACGCCACAGAAGGACUGUUUCUGCAAAAAAACAAUUUCAUUUUCCGAUCCAUUUCCUACCAAAUAUUGAAUAGAAAUGGCAACCAUCAUUUCUGGCACUCCCACUUCCUCAGUAACCCGCACGGAUCUCGUAUACAAGCCAUUGGCAGGGGUUCAAUCCUCACCUGUUCUUGCGUUGCCAGCAAUGGCGAAGAUGGGCGGGAGAGUGAGAUGUUCCAUGGAGGGGAAGCCUAGAAUAAUACAGGAAAGUGGAUCAAAGAUGGGGAUGGGUGCGUCACUGAUGGCGGCAGCCUGCGCAGCAACCAUGUCAAGCCCUGUGGCCAUGGCUCUGGUGGACGAGAGACUGAACACUGAGGGGACAGGUCUUCCCUUUGGUCUGAGCAACAACCUUCUGGGCUGGAUCCUGCUUGGUGUGUUUGGUCUCAUCUGGUCUUUCUAUACCAUUUACACAUCUACUCUUGAAGAGGAUGAGGAAUCGGGAUUGUCCCUCUAAUUCAGCCAAAGUUUUCUUUGAAGAAAUCGUAUGUAUAAAAAAGGUAGGAAGAGUUUUGGCCUUUCCUCUGCCCUGUACUAAAACUAAAACUACCUUAUGUGCUGUUGUAGUAAAACUGCCUUGUGUUUUCAAGUGUGUUUACUUGUUUCUUUGCUGUUUAUAAAAAAUGUUAUUAUUCUUCUUAAA